AUGGCUGGCAUCGGCCAAGAAUUUGAUGAAAACGAGCUACAUAAUGCUGGUUUCAUCUGUCCAAUAUGUCUGGAAAUAUUCACGAAUCCGAUUGUUUUAUCUUGUGGCAACAAUCACGUAUACUGUGAGGAAUGUGUGCUUGCAUAUCAACACACAUCAGAACCAGAAUGUCCUGAAUGUCGGCAGCCAUUCUGUUUGGACCAGGUGUGUCAUGCCAUUGACUUAAUGAAUCGAAUAUCCUCGGCUGUGUCUCGGUGUAAAUGGUGCGGAUUACAGCUCACUUUACCAGACUUGAAAAGACACCUGAAAAUAUGUCAACAGCAAAAUACAAAAAUUGAACAGUUUAAGCCCAUAGGAUGUACCUCACAAACAAUCCCUAGUAAUCUACCAAACAGAUUGACUUUCCAGUGUCCAUUGUGUGACCAGCAAAACCUGACCUGUCAAGAUCUUGUUCAACAUUGCAAUGACAACCACAGGAAGGUCAAAACUAACAUGGUUUGUCCAGUUUGUAAGGCAAUGCCGUGGGGAGACCCGAACCUACAAAGCUCAGACUUUCUUCAACAUCUAAAUGUCCGACACAAGUUUGAGUAUGAUACAUUUGUGGAUUAUGAACAAGAUGAUGAGGAAAUGCUGCGACAAGCGAUUGAGGCUUCGAUGAAACAUUACUGAGUGAAAUCAAUGUUAACAGGAAAACUCUGUGAUAUGCUGUAAAGCUAUAGAAAAGGGGCAAAGAUCUCAGUGAUUUUUAAUAGUAAAAGCUCCAACAUUAAAAUGACUAUUCAUUGACUUGUUUAAGUUUGUCAUCUGACUUUUCUGGUUCAGGUGACCUUUAUCAUGUUUCUCCCAUCAUUGUACACUAUGCAUGGCAGCAAUGCACUUUGAACCUCAAUUUUAAAAUCCUACCCCAGAGGAAAAUUUUUGCAAAAACCACUCUUGCCAAAUGCCUGAAUGGACUUAAUCCUGAUACAUCAUUAGGGAAGGAUUAUAACCAUAUCAUAUAUAAAUGGGGGUUACAUAACCCCAAGGGACCAGGAUGUCGGGGACCUUGCCUUUUGGGGAAUCAAGGAGUUUUGUUCAAAAUGGGUAUUUCUCAAAAAUGCAAAGACAGAUUUUGCUGAAAAUUGGUAGGAAACAACAAUUUAGUGUAAGAGACCAAGAGUUAUUUAUUUUAGUUGGUACUACUUAAUUACAUAUUUAUUAAAUUAAGCUCCUGACUAACAGAAUGAGGCUCCAUAGGGGAAAAAAAGAGGUUAAUCCUCAGGACAAAGUGAGGCUCGGGAAAAUAGAAGUCAAUAGUCCUCAGGACUAACAUUGUGAGGUUCAAUGGGAAAAAAAUGUUACUCCUUGGGACUGAAAGAGUGAGGUUCAAUAGGGAAAACUGGUUAAUCCUCAGGACUAACAAAACAGAGUGAGGCUCAAUAGGAAAAACAGGUUAACCCUUAGAACUAACAAAACAGAGUGAGGCUCAAUAGGAAAAACAGGUUAACCCUUAGAACUAACAAAACAGAGUGAGGCUCAAUAGGAAAUAGACAGGGUAAUCCUCAGGAUUAACAAAACAGAUAGAGGCUCAAUAGGGAAACAGGUUAACCCUUAGAACUAACAAAACAGUGUGAGGCUCCAUAGGGAAAUGCAGGUUAAUCCUCAGGACAAACAGAAUGAUACUCAUCAGGGGAAAUACAGAUUAAUCCAUUUUUGCUUUGAAUAUAUAGCAUCUUUUUGAGUAAGGAGAACUAGGUCAGUCUGGUACCUUUGGGGGUAGAGGGCUGGGAGCUGAAUGGUCCCUUUGGGGGUAGAGGGCUGGGGGCUGAAUGGUCCCCUUGGGAGUAGAAGAUUGGGGCUGAAUGGUUCCUUUGGGGGUAGAGGGCUGGGAGCUGA